GUCUUAAACUCGUGCCACCAAAACACACAGAACGUUUACGCUCGAAAAACUACGAAAACUACCUCUGCGCAAAGUUUAAGUCACUUAAAACCAAGAGAGCGCUAAAAUCACGAACGUUUGGUCACUCCGUGGUUUCCUAGCAACCGGACUAAGAAGUUUUGAGAAGAGCGUGCUCAACAUAAGGCGAACACUGCUAAUGCAUCGCUGGACAGAAGAUCUCUGUGUAAGAGCAAAGGUACAGUGUUUUGUUCUGUCCGUCCAGUAUUUGACGAGUUGAUACUCCAUCAGCGCUAUAUACUGGACCAAGACAAAAAAAGCAGAAGUCUCCCUAGAUAACACUUCUUUUGCGUUGACCUGAGUGGCAGACAACGGUGACUUUUUAAACGGUGACUCUUUGCAGCUCCUUCACAAGAAGUUCACCGGCUGUAAGGCGAUCUCGACUGACUGGCAGCUGGACACAGUGGUUACUGAGAUCUCUAACAUAUCUUAAAAUGUUUGUACUGGUGUGUAUCACAAAAACAUGGUCAACAACACCCUGGGUGUUCGUGCUUCUGCGAAGAGACGAGCGCGAUUUGAGUUGCAAACUGUCGUGGAUGCGCAUUUUUCUGCUUCAGUAUAAUCCCGGGCACACGUGAUGCGCAAAUCACUUUUGUAGCAACAUCUCUCAUUUGUCAGAGAAAAAUCCGUGCGUGUUUUUAUGCUUGAAGCCUGAAGCUUAACACAUUUCAGGGUUUUCAUUUUCUUUUCUUUCUUUCUUCCUUUCUUUUUUUUUUUUUUAAAUUCACACACAUCAUCACUCGCGCACCAUGCCAACUUUUGCUCCCGUUGCGUUUGUCUCGUAGUGGAGAGAACUGGAAACUGUGGAUGCCUGAAUGAAUGGGGAUCGUGCUUUGUGAAGGUUUCAACUGUCAACAUCCUGCCAAUUUUAUGUGCUUGUCCAGACAAGUGAGUGUUUAUCGUCCUUAUUCCUAUAUCCGUUUUGAGCCAAGAACAAACAGACAGCAGAGAACGCGUCAUAUUAGACCGCCAAUGUCGAAGAAACGCAAAACUCCAGACGACGGUGGUGGUGGUGGCGGUGGGGAGCUUGCGGGCACCGAGGAUUCCCUUCAACAAGGUCUGACGGAUGAGAAAGUGAAGGCUUAUCUCUCCCUCCACCCGCAGAUGCUGGAUGAGUUUGUGCUGGAGAGCGUGAGUGCGGAGACCGUAGACAGAUGGCUGAAACGGAAGAACAGCAGCCAGCCUGCAGAUGAGUCUUCAGCUAAAGAAGUUAGCAGGCAGUACCAGGACACGAAUAUGCAGAGCGUCGUAUAUGAGCUCAACAGCUACAUGGAGCAGCGGCUGGACACUGGAGGAGACAACAAACUACUGCUCUAUGAGUUGUGCAACAUCAUCAAAACAGCCACAAAAGCUGAUGGAUUUGCACUUUACUUCCUUGGAGAAUGCAACAAUAGUUUAUGUUUGUUCACUCCGACGGGGGCAAAAGAGGGGCUUCCUGGGCUCAUCCCCUCUGGUCCCAUCACAUUUGGGACCACCAUCGCGGCUCACGUUGCAAAGACACGCAAGACACUACUUGUAGAGGACAUCAUGGGGGAUGAGCGGUUCCCUCAUGGCACAGGGCAGGACUCAGGGAUUCGUGUACAUUCUGUUUUGUGUCUACCCAUCCUCACCGCCAUCGGAGACCUCAUCGCUAUCCUGGAGCUGCACCGGCACUUGGGCAGAGAGCCCUUCAACCUCAGCCACCAGGAGGUUGCAACAGCAAAUUUGGCCUGGGCAUCUGUAGCCAUACACCAAGUCCAGGUCUGCAGAGGUCUUGCCAAACAGACGGAACUCAAUGACUUUCUCCUAGACGUGUCAAAAACGUACUUUGACAACAUAGUGGCAAUAGAUUCUCUACUUGAACAUAUCAUGAUAUAUGCAAAAAACCUGGUUAACGCGGACAGAUGUGCGCUCUUCCAGGUAGAUCACAAUAACAAAGAGCUGUACUCUGACCUGUUUGAUAUCGGGGAGGAGAAUGAAGGGAAGCCUGUCUUUAGGAAAACCAAAGAAAUUAGGUUUUCUAUAGAGAAAGGAAUCGCAGGUCAGGUGGCGAGAACAGGAGAAGUUUUGAAUAUUCCGGAUGCCUAUGCAGACCCCCGUUUCAACAGAGAAGUAGAUCUCUACACUGGCUACACGACGCGGAAUAUCCUGUGCAUGCCUAUAGUCAGCCGCGGGACUGUGAUUGGUGUUGUACAAAUGGUGAACAAGCUGGGAGGAAGUGCCUUCACUAAAACUGAUGAGAACAACUUUAAGAUGUUCGCCGUCUUCUGUGCUUUGGCCUUACACUGUGCAAAUAUGUAUCACCGGAUAAGACAUUCAGAGUGCAUUUACCGGGUGACGAUGGAGAAGCUUUCGUACCACAGUAUCUGCACAUCUGAAGAAUGGAAGACCCUCACACAACUCUCCCUCCCUUCAGCCAUAUAUAAAGAGAUCGAACUGUUUCACUUUGACAUUGCUCCUUUUGAGGAACUGUGGCCUGCAAUAUUUGUAUACAUGGUUCACAAUUCAUGUGGAAAAAGCAGCUUUGAGCUGGAGAAACUGUGUCGCUUCACUAUGUCAGUGAGGAAAAAUUACAGACGAGUUCCAUACCACAACUGGAAACAUGCUGUGACGGUGGCACACUGCAUGUAUGCCAUCCUGCAAAAAACCACAGGGAUCUUUACUGAGCUCGAGAGAAAAGGCUUGCUGAUUGCCUGCUUAUGCCAUGACCUGGACCACCGUGGAUACAGUAACAGUUAUCUGCAGAAGUUUGACCAUCCGCUGGCUGCAUUGUAUUCCACAUCUACCAUGGAGCAGCAUCAUUUUUCACAGACAGUGUCCAUCCUGCAGCUGGAAGGGCACAAUAUUUUCUCCAACCUGACUUCCAGUGAGUAUGAGCAGGUGCUGGAGAUCAUCAGGAAGGCCAUCAUUGCCACAGACCUCGCUUUGUACUUCGGCAACCGCAAGCAAUUGGCUGAACUGCUGGCCACAGGGGCGCUGGAUCUGAACAACCGUGCUCACAGGGACCGUGUGAUCGGUCUGAUGAUGACAGCCUGUGAUCUCUGCUCUGUGACCAAACUGUGGCCCGUCACACGACUCACGGCCAACGACAUCUAUGCUGAGUUCUGGGCUGAGGGGGAUGAAAUGAAGAAGAUUGGAAUGCAGCCCAUCCCUAUGAUGGACAGGGAUAAAAAGGAUGAAGUUCCCCAGGGACAGGUGGGGUUUUACAAUGCUGUGGCUAUUCCCUGUUACACCACACUGUCAGAGCUGUUUCCUCCUUCCGGUCCUCUACUUACAGCCUGCAGGGAAAACCUGGCCCACUGGGAACAGAUCGUGCGAGGAGAGGACACCUCUGCGUGGCCUUCCACUGAAGAGGCUGAACUGAGCGAGACAUCAGACAGUGGACCAGUAAAAGUGGACAACUGAAUCUGUGGCACCUGUCCCACAGCACCACCUACACCCUGCCAGAGACACUGGACUUCCUGUGGACAGUCCCACUUCCUGCAGAGACAGGAGGAAGCGCAGAGGGCAGGCGGGGAAGGAUACAUUCAGAAAAAUAAACAAAACAUAAUGUUACCUCAGUGGGUGACGGAGGCGUACACUCUAAUGACAUCAGGGCUCCCUCGUUGAUGGCUGGGACUCAAGUCCACUCUGUGUGGGAUCACUUCAGCAGAAUGGAAGUGCUUUUCCUUAGGAGGUUGCUUCUGCAUCUUUUCGUUUAGGUGAUUAUUGUUCUUUUCUUUUUUUGUCAGUUUCUUUCGUGGUCUUACAUUUGAAGAGGCCUUAAAAACGAACCCGAGUUACGAUCUGGUUGGGUGACUCAUAACUAGAAAAUGGAUUGUCUAGUUUGAAAUGGUACUUUUUUUUAAUCCUGCUGUGGUCAAGUGUUGUACGCAAAGCUACUUGAGCGGAUUUAUUUUUUAAGAUAGACAGAAAGAAUGUUUAGUUGCAGUUAAGGUGCAUGAGGCACGAUAAACCCAUCGCUCUGGUGGUCUGAUGGAUGUUUUAUAUAAUAUUCUGAGCAAAAAUGUUUUGCAGUACUUGAAUGAAGAAAUAUAGCCUAUUCUGAGAGGAGCUGAAAAAAAAAAUCCCCUGCAGCGCGUCCUUCCAAAGCGCCUUUGUGCUGGCAUAAGUUUCACUCUGAACCUUACUGAAGUCACACACAAGUCACGGUGUUCCUCACUGAGAUCUGCAGCAUCUUCCAACUUGAUAUGAAGUUUAACCCUCAUAGCGUUAUUGACAUUUAAAGUGGUCAAGUAAGGAAUCAAAUGUUACAGUUUCUGUUGUACCAUGAAAACAUACCAUCUUCCUAGAGUUUAUUGAAGCUAAACUUCAAAAAUGCCUCAUUCAGUACAACUUUCUGAAGUCAGACUGCUUGCACUUAGACAUCAACUUCAGCACACCUCUUUAUGUUCAAAAACAGAAGAAACAAACCAAAAACAACCCUUUUAAUUAUAUGAUUUGAAUUGGGUGGACAAACGGUCAUGAAAUACUAAAUUAUGACUUCUGAACUCUUAUUACAUCUUCACUAUAAAAGUAUAUUUGUGUGUGUACAAAGUAAUUACUGAAGACUGAAAGACAGAAAUGAUGACUAAACAGACAGCAGAUAUUUUGUCAUUAUUUUUUGUUCGAGUUAGGUACCCAAAGUACCCAGAAUCGGUUUAAAGAGAAAAUGUAUACAACUGGAUUGGUUGCUUGAUUAUGCAAAUAUUUAAUAUGGAACUAUUUCUGAUUCUAUUUUAAUUAUUUUCCUCAGUCUUUUUUUAUAUUUUAGGUAUUACAACCUUACCUAAUCUGUAAACUGAUACAAAAUAAUAAAUAAAUAAAAGAUAAGUGACUUAACAUAUAGGUAAAUCAAAAGACACAAUACAUGCAUUAGAGACAUAUAUAAACAUAUUCAAAAAAAA